AUGGAAGACGAGGCGACGCAGCCGCUGCUGAACAAAGUGGGCCCUGGGUCCCGAGCAGAGGAACCGAGCCGGAGCGUCCGCCGGUCCUGGGGCCUCUUCCUGGCAGCCUUCGCCUCCACCUUGGGCCCUCUCAGCGCUGGCUUCGUCCUGGGCUACAGCUCCCCUGCCAUCCCCAGCCUGCGGCGGGCGGGACCUGGACCCCUCUACCUGAACGAUGACGAAGCCUCCUGGUUCGGGUCCAUUUUGAAUGUUGGGGCUGCUCUUGGAGGUGUGGUAGGUGGCUGGCUGGUAGACCAGGCUGGAAGGAAACUGACUCUGAUGCUCUGCACAGUGCCUUUUGUUGGUGGCUUUACCCUGAUGACUGGGGCCCAGAACAUAUGGAUGCUGCUCGGGGGUCGUCUUUUGACAGGCCUGGCAAGCGGAAUUAGCUCCCUUGUUGCCGCAGUAUAUAUAGCUGAAAUAUCUUAUCCAGAAAUUCGAGGACUACUUGGCUCUUGUGUGCAGCUGAUGAUUGUCAUCGGGAUCCUCGGAGCAUAUGUUGCAGGGCUGGGGCUGGACUGGCGCUGGCUGGCUGUGCUAGGCUGCUUCCCACCUUUCUUCAUGUUGUUGUUCAUGUGUUUCAUGCCUGAAACCCCAAGGUUCCUGUUAAAUAAGCAGAGGAAACAGGAAGCAGAGGCUGCCAUGAGAUUUCUGUGGGGGAAAGGUCAGGAGGAGGAGGAGGAAGAGGAGGAGGAACAGAAAGAAUGUAGCCAUGAGGGCCAGGGAUUUUAUCUGGAAAUAUUGAAGAAUCCAGCAGUUUACAAGCCAUUGCUCAUAGGUGUAUUGCUGAUGGUGUUCCAACAAUUCUCAGGGAUCAAUGCAAUGUUGUUCUAUGCAGAAACAAUUUUUGAAGAAGCCAACUUUAAGAAUGGUAGUCUUGCCUCAGUCAUUGUGGGAGUCCUGCAGGUGGUCUUCACUGCCAUAGCUGCCCUUGUCAUGGACAGAGCUGGUCGGAAGCUACUGCUAUUGCUGUCAGGUGUUAUCAUGGCUGUGAGCUGCAUGAUGUUUGGUAUCUACUUUAAAAUUACUGUUCAGAUUCCUAACAACUCUUCUCAUCCUAACCUCCUCACAUACUUGAAUCCAGAGUCGAUUGGAACCAGCCCUGGACUGCCAUGGCUAGCAGUGUUUAGCAUGGGAUUCUUCAUCAUAGGUUUUUCUCUAGGCUGGGGUCCCAUUCCCUCCUUGGUGAUGUCUGAAAUAUUCCCCCUCCGAGUCAAGGGACUGGCCAGUGGAGUUUGUAUUCUCACCAACUGGAUCCUGGCCUUUCUUGUGACAAAAGAAUUUAGCAGCCUCAUGAAUGUUCUAACUCCAUAUGGAACUUUCUGGCUUUUCUCUGCCUUCUGUGUCCUCAGCAUCAUUUUCACAAUAUUCUUUGUUCCUGAAACAAAGGGAAAGACUUUGGAGCAAAUUGAAGCUCAUUUUCAAGGAAGGUGAUGAUGACCUUCUGUUUGAGUAUCCUUGCCAGGCAAGGGAAGACUACCUGAUCAUGAUGAAAGAAUGAUGAUUUUAAAAUGAGGUUCUUCUGGAUCUCUCCCAGUAAAUAUAAUCUCUUUUCAGAACUGUUAGGUCUUAUUGGGACCUGAAAGAGCCAAGACAGAAUGUGUGUGAAAAGUUUUUAAUUGCGGCUAGAUCUAGGCCAGAUAGAUUUUUUUCCCCCACAGACCAUCUCCACAGUGCCCUUAUUCUUGAGCAGGGUUUAGCCCAGUUAUAUAGGGUGGAGGGUGGGGUUCCUGUUGGAGUCCAUUCCCAUUUAAUUCUGGUUUAAAUUGGCAUUAGGUGGGAAAAAAAACUACAGAAACCUUGAAAUCUUUGCAUUGGUCUCUUUCAUCCAUGCAUUUUCCUUUGAAGAAGAAAAGGGAGAAGACUCAAGUAUUGUGUCCAUCUCCUUCUCUUCAGACUAUCUAGGGUUUUAGGAAUUGAUUUCCGAUCCAGAUGAUUUUUAUCUCCAACAUUAAUCAAGAAGUACAUUUGUUUUCCUCAAAUAAAGUUUUUAUUUUGAAAAUUAGGUGGCAGUUCCAUGUUCUGAAAUCCU